ACAAACUGCAUAUAAAUAUUUAUGUAUUUAAAAGAAUGUGGAACUUCAAGUGAUCAUGAUCAUGUUGUAUCUUGUAGCUGUCUUAGCAAUUGUGCAUGUUCUCAUCUCAUACUAUACUAUAUAUUCAAAGACUUUGCUGCAUUGCUUGUAGUUGAUUUAUUUGCUUCCAGCUCUCCUCAUUUCACUCGUUAUAUACUUGUCCAAUUCUCAUUUUAGCUACUUAAGUUACUUUUAAGUUCGUAGUUUCAUUUUUAUCUGAUCUUAUUAUCUAAGAAUGGCACACUUGCCUCCGAAAGUUCCCAACAUGACAUCAAACUGGCCUCAUCUUUCUUCGCAUAACUUGGCUACCUCAGAAGCCCACUCGUGGGCCGACGACUUCCUUAACUUCUCAUCCUCGUCUAAGCGGGGGUCUCACAGAAGGUCUGCCAGCGACUCUAUUGCCUUUCUUGAUCAGGUGGUUUUGGACGAGGAAGGAGAAUGCGGAAUUAUAUCCUCUGCACCAGGGACCAGAAUGAGUCCUGCUGCUGCGACUGAGUUUGAUCGAUUUGAUGAAAAGCAAUUCAUGGACAUGUUUACUGAUGACAUCGACCCCACUGUAGAUUUCCCCAAUUCUUCUUCACCGUCUGAUCAUAAUGCCAUUAUUGAUAAUCCAACUAAGAGUUGUACGACUACCUCAACUGAUCAGCAAAUGAAGCAGCUAGGAAACGGGUUUGAGGAGUCUGAAAGUGCAUUGGAUGAUCAGCAUCAUGGUGGUGGUGCUGCUGCUGGCGCGACUACAGACAAUUACAGUGACAAGAUUUUCGACCCAAGACGAGUUAAGAGAAUCCUGGCCAACAGACAAUCAGCACAACGAUCCAGAGUGAGGAAAUUGCAAUAUGUAUCUGAGCUUGAACGUGCUGUGAAUUCAUUACAGGCUGAGAUCUCAGUGUUGUCACCACGCGUUGCAUUUCUAGACCACCAGCGGCUGGUUUUAAAUGUUGAUAACAGUGUUCUUAAACAAAGAAUCGCAGCUCUCUCCCAAGACAAGGUUUUCAAAGAUGCUCAUCAAGAAGCUCUGAAAAGGGAAAUUGAGAGACUCAGGCAAGUGUAUAAUUACCAGGAGGAUGCAAAGAAGAUGGAUAAUGAGGACACAGCACAAGCAUCGGCUAAAUCUUUAUUACAUUUAUCAGCUGACAAGAUCUCUGAUCAUCCAAACUGCUCUGCUUUCAGCGAGCAGAUAAUGAUAAGAUGAAUCAGACAACUCAUGAAAGCAACUAAUCAAGGAUCUGUGUUCUUCAUUUUUAGCUUAGCAGCAAAAAAAGAGAGAAGGAUUUUGUGCUUUAAGUCUUCAUAUUGUUAUUAGUUCUUUCUGUAUCAAAAGCUUGUGAUUGGUAUUAUGAUGCCAAGAAUUUCUUGCACUAAUUUAUGAGAUCACUUAAAAAUGUAAAGUCAAGACCCGGUAUACUGAAAAAUGGAGGGAGAAGUUGUAAAACGAAAGUAUUCUGAUAAAUCUAUAAUCGUAAUUGUUGU